AUGGCCUCGUCUGAGCUGCCCCCCCAGCCUGCAGUAGGAGCAGGGAGGGAGCGGAGCCUGAUCUAUGAGGAGGUGCAGCGGGGAGAGGGCUCCCGGAUCAGCGAGGAUUUGGGCUGGAGCUCCAGCGAGUUCGAGAGUUACAGCGAGGACUCGGGGGAGGAAACCAAAGCUGAGCCCACCAAGCACCGAGCGUCCUUCCAGCCCAAGCUUUCUCCAGACCUGAAUAGACUAAAGGAGAGAUACGCCAGGACUAAGAGGGACAUCCUGGCUUUAAGAGUUGGGGGGAAGGACAUGCAGGAGCUGAAGCAGAAGUACGAUUGGAAGAUGACCCAGCUGAUGAAAGCGGCCAAAAGCGGCACCAAGGACGGUUUGGAGAAGACCAAGAUCGCGGUGAUGAGGAAGGUGACGUUCCUGCACCGGAAAGAAACCCCAGGUGAGCGGGAAAAGCAACCCCCCUUCCCUUUCCAGUGCCAAAAAAGCCUUUUUGGAGGCUCCUCCCAUCCCCCCAUUUGGGGUUUGGGGCAUCCUGACCGAUUCCGCACUGUCCCACAGGUGGUGCGGCGGCACAUCCUGGGCUCCAUCGUGCAGAGUGAGCGGAGCUACGUGGACUCCCUGAAGCGGAUCCUGCAGGAUUACAGGAACCCACUGCUGGAGAUGGAGCCGAAGGUGCUGAGCGCCAGGAAGUGCCAGGUGGUGUUUUUCCGGCUGAAGGAGAUCCUGCAGUGCCACUCCAUGUUCCAGAUCGCCCUCGCCUCCCGCGUGGCCGAGUGGGACUCGGCCGAGAAGAUUGGGGACCUCUUCGUGGCCUCGUUCUCCAAGUCCAUGGUGCUGGAUGUCUACAGUGACUACGUCAACAACUUCACCUCGGCCAUGUCCCUCAUCAAGAAGGCCUGUCUCACCAAACCCGCCUUCCUCGACUUCCUCAAGAAGAGGCAGAUGGCCAGUGCUGACCGGGUCACGCUCUACGGGCUGAUGGUGAAGCCCAUCCAGAGGUUCCCUCAGUUCAUCCUUCUCCUGCAGGACAUGCUGAAGAACACCCCCAAGGGCCACGCAGACCGUCUGUCCCUCCAACUGGCCCUCACUGAGCUGGAGACGUUGGCGGAGAAGCUCAACGAGCAGAAGCGCUUGGCCGACCAAGUGGCCGAGAUCCAACAGCUCAGCAAGAGCAUCAGCGACAGGAGCAGCCUCAACAAGCUGCUGAGCUCGGGGCAGAGGCAGCUCCUGCUCUGUGAGACGCUGACGGAGACGGUGUACGGGGACCGUGGGCAGCUCAUCAAGUCCAAGGAGAGGAAGGUUUUCCUGCUCAACGACAUGUUGGUCUGUGCCAACAUCAACUUCAAGCCGGUGGACACAGGAGGCCAACUGGAAAUCAGCAGCCUGGUGCCCCUGGGGCCCAAAUACGUGCUGAAGUGGAGCACGGCCCUCCCGCAGGUGCAGGUGGUGGAGGUGGGGCAGGAGGGCGGCGCCUACGACAAGGACAACGUGGUCAUCCACAACGCCGGCGCCCGCAGACACGCGCCCGCCGGGCAGGCCUCGCACAACAAAGUCUACCUGGGGCCACCACGGCUCUUCCAGGAGCUGCAGGACCUGCAGAAGGACCUGGCAGUGGUGGAGCAGAUCACCCUCCUCAUCAGCACCUUGCAUGGCACCUACCAGAACCUGAACAUGACAGUGGCCCAGGACUGGUGCCUGGCACUGCAGAGGAUGGUGAGGGUGAAGGAGGAGGAGAUCCACUCUGCCAACAAGUGCCGCCUGCGGCUGCUGCUGCCCGGGAAGCCGGACAAGUCCGGCCGCCCCAUCAGCGUCAUGGUCGUGUUCAUCACCCCCAGCCCCCUGAGCAAGAUCUCCUGGGUGAACCGCCUGCACCUGGCCAAGAUAGGCCUCAGGGAGGAGAACCAGCCGGGCUGGCUUUGUCCCGACGAAGACAAGAAGAGCAAAGCCCCGUUCUGGUGCCCCAUCCUCUCCUGCCACAUGCCAGCCUUCUCCUCCAAAGCCCUUGAUCUGCAGGUGAGAGCCACGAGCAACCUCUUCUCCAUCCCCCCUUCCCUUCCCAUCCCUCAUUCUGGGGAGGAAAGCAUCCUGGUCUACGGGAGCGUGGACACGGGGACGCCGUGCCUGCUGAGCUGCAGGAGCCCAGGAAUGCAGCCCAUCCUGUGCCUGAGGCACAGCCCCGAGUUCCUGUUCGCGGGACUGCAGGACGGCUCCGUGGCCGCCUACCCCCGGAGCAACGGGGGGCUCUGGGACCCGGCAGUGCAGCCCACCCGCCUGCCCGUGGGCACCGGCCCCGUCCGUGCCCUGCUGACCCUGGAGGAGACCCUGUGGGCCAGCUGUGCCAACCAGGUCACUGUCCUUGAUGCCACCACCCUCCGGGCCCAGCAAACCUUCGAGGCCCACCCCGAGGCCGAGGCCAGCGUGACCCACAUGGUGAAGGCGGGCAGUGGGGUCUGGAUGGCCUUUGCCUCGGGCUCCUCCAUCCGCCUCUUCCACACCGAGACCCUGGAGCACCUGCAGGAGAUCAACGUCGCCACCAGGACCACCUUCGUGCUCCCAGGUCACAAGCACGUGCGUGUCACCAGCCUGCUCAUCUGCCAGGGCUCGCUCUGGGUGGGCACCGACCAGGGCAUCAUCGUGCUGCUGCCCGUGCCCCGCCUGGAGGGGAUCCCCAAGAUCACCGGGAAGGCAUUCUCGGGACCCUCCCACACCCCGCUCAUCUGGCAGAUCCCGGGAUUCCCCCCCAUCCUGCUCACCUGGCAGAUCCCGGGAUUUCCUGCCAUCCUGCUCAUCUGGCAGAUCCCACUGAUGCUGCUGCAUUCUUGGAAUUGCCCCCCAACUGUGCUCAUCUGGCAGAUCCCGGGAUUCCCCCCGAGGAAGCUCAUCUGGCAGAUCCUGGGAUUCCCCCCAUCCUGCUCAUCUGGCAGAUCCCGUUGA